GCUGGCUGUAUAUAUCUCCGCGCACCCCGCCAGGUCGCGCACAGCGCCCCGAGCCCAGGCGCCUCCCCGCCCCCCUCCCCGCGCUCCGCGGCGGCGGCAGCAGUAGCAGCAAUAUGGCUGUUGAUGGGUGUUCGGGGUGGCGCUGGCGGCGGGAGGAGCUCCCCCGAGCCCCUGCGCCGGCUGCCCGUUGCUAGCUAUGGCAAAUGGUGGCGGCGGCGGCGGCAGCAGCGGCGGCGGCGGCGGUGGCGGCGGAGGCAACAGUCUUAGAAUGAGUAGCAAUAUCCACGCGAACCAUCUCAGCCUAGACGCGUCCUCCUCUUCCUCCUCUUCUUCAUCCUCCUCCUCUUCCUCCUCGUCCUCGGUCCACGAGCCCAAGAUGGAUGCGCUCAUCAUCCCUGUGACCAUGGAGGUGCCGUGCGACAGCCGUGGCCAGCGCAUGUGGUGGGCUUUCCUGGCCUCCUCCAUGGUGACUUUCUUCGGGGGCCUCUUCAUCAUCCUGCUCUGGCGGACGCUCAAGUACCUGUGGACCGUUUGCUGCCACUGCGGGGGCAAGACGAAGGAGGCCCAGAAGAUUAACAAUGGCUCAAGCCAGGCGGAUGGCACUCUCAAGCCAGUGGACGAAAAAGAGGAGGCAGUGGCAGCCGAGGUCGGCUGGAUGACCUCUGUGAAGGACUGGGCUGGGGUGAUGAUAUCUGCCCAGACACUGACCGGCAGAGUCCUGGUGGUCUUAGUCUUUGCUCUCAGCAUUGGUGCACUUGUAAUAUACUUCAUAGAUUCGUCCAACCCAAUAGAAUCCUGCCAGAAUUUCUACAAAGAUUUCACAUUACAGAUCGACAUGGCUUUCAACGUGUUCUUCCUGCUCUACUUUGGCUUGCGGUUUAUUGCAGCCAAUGAUAAGCUGUGGUUCUGGCUGGAAGUGAACUCUGUAGUAGAUUUCUUCACGGUCCCCCCAGUGUUUGUGUCUGUGUACUUAAACAGAAGUUGGCUUGGUUUGAGAUUUUUAAGAGCUCUCAGACUGAUCCAGUUUUCAGAAAUUUUGCAGUUUCUGAAUAUCCUUAAAACAAGUAAUUCCAUCAAGCUGGUGAAUCUGCUAUCCAUAUUUAUCAGCACAUGGCUAACAGCAGCCGGGUUCAUCCAUUUGGUGGAGAAUUCAGGGGACCCGUGGGAAAAUUUCCAAAACAACCAGGCUCUUACGUACUGGGAAUGUGUCUAUUUACUCAUGGUCACCAUGUCCACUGUUGGCUAUGGGGAUGUUUAUGCAAAAACCACGCUGGGGCGUCUCUUCAUGGUCUUCUUCAUCCUCGGGGGACUGGCCAUGUUUGCCAGCUACGUCCCUGAAAUCAUAGAGUUAAUAGGAAACCGCAAGAAAUACGGGGGCUCCUAUAGUGCGGUUAGUGGAAGAAAGCACAUUGUAGUCUGUGGACACAUCACUCUGGAGAGUGUUUCCAACUUCCUGAAGGACUUUCUGCACAAGGACCGGGAUGAUGUCAACGUGGAGAUCGUUUUUCUUCACAACAUUUCCCCCAACCUGGAGCUUGAAGCUCUGUUCAAACGACAUUUUACUCAGGUGGAAUUUUAUCAGGGUUCAGUCCUCAAUCCACAUGAUCUUGCAAGAGUCAAGAUAGAGUCAGCAGAUGCGUGCCUCAUCCUUGCCAACAAGUACUGCGCUGACCCCGAUGCUGAAGACGCCUCCAACAUCAUGAGAGUAAUCUCCAUAAAGAACUACCAUCCGAAGAUAAGGAUCAUCACGCAGAUGCUGCAGUAUCACAACAAGGCCCAUCUGCUAAACAUCCCAAGCUGGAACUGGAAAGAGGGUGAUGAUGCAAUCUGCCUUGCAGAGCUGAAGCUGGGGUUCAUAGCCCAGAGCUGCCUGGCUCAGGGCCUCUCCACCAUGCUCGCCAACCUCUUCUCCAUGAGGUCAUUCAUAAAGAUUGAGGAAGACACGUGGCAGAAAUACUACUUGGAAGGAGUCUCAAAUGAAAUGUACACAGAAUAUCUCUCCAGUGCCUUCGUGGGUCUGUCUUUCCCUACUGUUUGUGAGCUGUGUUUUGUGAAGCUCAAGCUCCUAAUGAUAGCCAUUGAGUACAAGUCCGCCAACCGAGAGAGCCGUAUAUUAAUUAAUCCUGGAAACCAUCUUAAGAUCCAAGAAGGUACUUUAGGAUUUUUCAUCGCAAGUGAUGCCAAAGAAGUUAAAAGGGCAUUUUUUUACUGCAAGGCCUGUCAUGAUGACAUCACAGAUCCCAAAAGAAUAAAAAAAUGCGGCUGCAAACGGCUGAUAUAUUCCAAGAUGUCCAUCUACAAGAGAAUGAGACGGGCAUGUUGUUUUGAUUGCGGACGUUCUGAGCGUGACUGCUCGUGCAUGUCAGGCCGUGUGCGUGGUAACAUGGACACCCUUGAGAGAGCCUUCCCACUUUCUUCUGUCUCUGUUAAUGAUUGCUCCACCAGUUUCCGUGCCUUUGAAGAUGAGCAGCCCUCAACGCUGUCACCAAAAAAAAAGCAGCGGAAUGGAGGCAUGCGGAACUCACCCAGCUCCUCGCCCAAGCUGAUGAGGCAUGACCCCUUAUUAAUUCCCGGCAAUGAGCAGAUUGACAACAUGGACUCCAACGUGAAGAAGUAUGACUCCACUGGGAUGUUUCACUGGUGCGCACCCAAGGCAAUAGAGAAAGUCAUCCUGACUCGAAGUGAAGCGGCCAUGACCGUCCUGAGUGGCCAUGUCGUGGUCUGUAUCUUUGGCGAUGUCAGCUCAGCCCUGAUUGGCCUCCGGAACCUGGUGAUGCCACUCCGUGCCAGCAACUUUCAUUACCACGAGCUCAAACACAUUGUGUUUGUGGGCUCCAUUGAGUACCUCAAGCGGGAAUGGGAGACGCUUCAUAACUUCCCCAAAGUGUCCAUAUUGCCUGGUACGCCAUUAAGUCGGGCUGAUUUAAGGGCCGUCAACAUCAACCUCUGUGACAUGUGUGUUAUCCUGUCAGCCAAUCAGAAUAAUAUUGAUGAUACUUCGCUGCAGGACAAGGAAUGCAUCUUGGCGUCACUCAACAUCAAAUCUAUGCAGUUUGAUGACAGCAUCGGGGUCUUGCAGGCUAAUUCCCAAGGGUUCACACCUCCAGGAAUGGACAGAUCCUCUCCAGAUAACAGCCCAGUACACGGGAUGUUACGCCAGCCGUCCAUCACAACUGGGGUCAACAUCCCCAUCAUCACUGAACUAGCUAAACCUGGCAAGUUGCCUUUGGUAUCUGUCAAUCAGGAAAAAAACAGUGGGACACACAUUCUAAUGAUAACUGAACUGGUGAAUGAUACUAAUGUUCAGUUUUUGGACCAAGACGAUGACGAUGACCCCGACACAGAACUGUACCUCACGCAGCCAUUUGCAUGUGGGACAGCAUUUGCCGUCAGCGUCCUGGACUCUCUCAUGAGUGCGACAUACUUCAAUGACAAUAUCCUCACCCUGAUCCGGACCCUGGUGACUGGAGGGGCCACGCCGGAGCUCGAGGCUCUGAUUGCUGAGGAGAAUGCGCUUCGAGGGGGCUACAGCACCCCCCAGACGCUCGCCAAUAGGGACCGCUGUCGCGUGGCGCAGUUAGCACUGCUGGAUGGGCCCUUUGCGGACUUGGGGGAUGGUGGUUGUUAUGGUGAUCUGUUCUGCAAAGCUCUGAAAACGUAUAAUAUGCUUUGUUUUGGAAUUUAUCGGCUGAGAGAUGCUCACCUCAGCACCCCCAGCCAAUGUACGAAGAGGUAUGUCAUCACCAACCCCCCGUACGAGUUCGAGCUCGUGCCGACGGACCUGAUCUUCUGCUUAAUGCAGUUUGACCACAACGCCGGCCAGUCCCGGGCCAGCCUCUCCCAUUCCUCCCACUCAUCCCAGUCCUCCAGCAAGAAGAGCUCCUCCGUUCACUCCAUCCCAUCCACAGCAAACCGAACGAACCGGCCCAAGUCCCGGGAGUCCCGCGACAAACAGAAUGCAACAAGGAUGAAUAGAAUGGGCCAAGCAGAAAAGAAAUGGUUUACAGAUGAACCGGAUAAUGCCUAUCCCAGAAACAUUCAAAUCAAGCCCAUGAGUACCCACAUGGCUAACCAGAUCAACCAAUAUAAAUCCACAAGCAGCUUGAUUCCACCAAUCAGAGAAGUUGAAGAUGAAUGUUGACUCCCAGGAGACCAGAACUAUUUUUUUAAAGCCUGACAAACUUCAUAAAUGGUGAUGUGACUUUUCUUCCUCUUACAUGCUGAAUCACUGGUGGAAACCUUAGGAUAAGCGAGAUUUGCAAGAAAAAUAAAGUAGACAGAUCUUUCUCUUUGUCUGCCUUGAAUAUUGCUUCCAUGUAUUUUGGAAAAGAAAAUGAUUUCAUUUAUAAAUGAACAUACUAAAAUAGUCAUGUAUAGCCUCUAGCAUUUUAAAUUAUUUUUAUUUAUUAGAAAGAAAAUCUAUUUUUCCUUUUUUUCAUGUCAAAUAUCUUCCCUAUAUCUAAACAAUGCAAAAUCAAAAUGAAUAAGUGGCCAGACUCCUUAAUGCGUGUAUCUCUUCUUUUUCUUUGAGGAGAAUGAUGGUCACCACCACAAUUAAUUGUAAUGAUGGGAAAUGGAUUUUUAAAACCAUUUUAAAAUGGUUCAAUGAUGUAAACAUGUAUUUUAGUAAAUUCAACAAAGAAGACAAACGGGGGCAGGUGAAUUUCCUGGAUGGGUGUGUAUUUUGGCUGCAUUGACACCAGCUCUUAAUAAAUGGAAACAUUUAUUUUCACAGUUGAAAGUCAUAUUUUUGUAGUUUUAGUUUUCAUUCUGUAUUUUUUAUCCCUAUGUUCAUAUCCCUUAAAAGGAAAACCUUCUUGCAGCUUUUCUACAAUUGCCAGAUCAGGUUAACCCAGCCAACUAACAAUACCGGGAGGGUUUUGAGCAUGCCUGGGGCAUGGAAGUUGAGGAGCAGAGGCACACAAGACAUUGGUCUGUUUAUUGUUCUGAUGGUGGGGACUCCUACCUGCUGUUACACUUCUCAUUUCAUAUCUCCAAACCAUCCACGCAAGUAAUUUCAACUUUGGAAGUGGACUUUCUCCCUAUCCCCCAUGUGUCAGAACUUUUAGUUUGAAAGUUUAUAAACACUAAUGAGUGGUUUUGCUUAACAAUAGGAUGUGAUAAUACAUUCAUUCUUCUCACUGAAUUUUUGUUUAAAAGCCAGAAAAUGUCUAUGAUCAAGGAGACAACUUUUACCCAGAUUUUAGUUUUGCAGGCUUUCCUUUAGUUGCUGGGACAAAACACACAAACUUACUACAACAAUAUAUAAAAAAAAAUAGUAACAACAAAAGGAAAGCAACAAAUGCACUUAAAACAGAUUGUUAAAAAAGGCCUUUGAAAAUUACCAGCAAUGAAAUCAAAUCAAAUGUAUCAGCCACUUCCCACUGUGGUCAAAAGAUUUUUCUAGCCAUCAGACACAAUUACCACGUUUCAGAGCUCUGCUGUCGCUCGCAUGCUCAGUGUACAGUCAUUCCGGCUAUUGUUAUGUUCCAAACGAUUUAGCAAGUCUUCUAACUUCAAAAUUAUCAAUCUUUGGUACAAUCAUCAGGGUCUCUGGAGAAGCAUGGCUGUGACAAUGAUUUUUAUGUGCUUAAACUGUGGGCACUUGAAGAAGCCAAACUUACUAAGAUCCCCUCCAAAGUCCCAUGAUACAUUGAUUCCAUUAAUUCUUUAGACCAUGACCUGGUGGUGCCUAGUAUGUUAGUGCAAAUCCGAUCAAAGCCAAGCAAUGAACUCACCAUGAAAACAUAGGUCCAAUUACCAACGUAGGCAAAAUGAGCUUCCAGCUCCAUGCACUCCCCGCGGAGCCAGUGUACUCGUACGUCCACCUCCUAGGCACCAUCCUGAAGUGACUUGUCAGACUGUGUCGUCACAUUUUGUAGAAUUAGUUCUAUCAAAGUAUUGUGAAUAAAAUGUAUGUUCAAUUGGAUUGUUUAAAAACUACUUAUAACCAAUCACUAGUCUAUUCAGCAGACUAAAAUGACGUCAGCAGUCUAUAUUCAGGCUUAUAACAUUUCCUGGUUUCCAACAGAAAUAAAAUGGGUUUGUGGGGUGAAUCCCUUGCUAGGAUUGUACAACUUUCCUGAAAGCUGGAUCUGCUUCUACAUAAUGAUUUUGCAUUGGGGUCACCUUAGUACAUUCACAUCAAUCCACGCUCUUCUUUCCUUUAUGAACUCUGGUGGACUCUAGUUCCUGAGAAGCAUUUCUGAAUUAUUCCUAAUAAUUUGGUCUCCUCUGGCAAGCGAUGGCCACCUAAGGGGUCUUAGAGGAACUUAGGCAACAGGGUCCCAUGCCCGCUGCCCUCUCUUCUCAAUCUCUCCAUACCAAGUCAGGCUGGAAGCGGAAAUGGAAACUCCAUGCCCAUCAUUGCUAGAGAUUUGAAUCUGAACUUUUGCUUUUAUCCAAAUGGCUAAGAUGGUUUUUACUAGAAAACUAGUUAGCGGGAAUCCAUUUUCUUCUAAGGUAUAGCAGCAAGCUCAUGCUGUUUUGGCUUUGUAAUAAUGGAUUGUUCUGGGCCAGAAAAUAAAAUCAGACAUAUUUUUAAGGAUGUAUGCAAAAUAAUUGGUUGUUGGCUCCUUUGGAGAAAGCUGCUUCCUGGUAGGUUGAAAGCGAAAUGAAAACAGAAACAAAAUUGUAAGAGCACUAAAGGGCUCAGGGGAGCACGAGAGCUUCCUGGGUUGUCCCUACUUGUUGAGCUCUCUGGCCCUGAGGGAGGACUCACCCCAUGCCAUGGGGACAGACUCGUCUUUCUGGAUAAAUUCAGCAUAGACCAAUGAUGGUCAUCAUUGGUACAGACAGUGUUCUAAGGCUCUGGUCUCCCAUCCCAGUUUAGGAUUCCAGGAAAGCCAUUUCCCCAAACUAAAAACUCUUGGGUGCUUAAGGAACCAAAGACUCACCAACGGGCUAUUUGAAAAGCAGAAAGCACCUGCUUAUAAAGGCAACGUCACCAUCAUUAUCUUUCUUUUUAAGGAUACUUUUACUUUUGUCUGAGCAAUUUUAUAUUUUAAAAUAUCACCUUGAGUCAAUAUAAGACCAUUCAAAACUGAUUGUGACUAAGGCAUGUUGGGGAAUACCCAGAAACCCUGUCCUUUGAAAGGCUAGGGCAUCUUAUAAUAUACUUGGUACAACAUUUAAUUGAAGAGUUAAACUGCGAAUUCAAACUGGCUAGGACUGGAAAGGGGGACGUGAGAAAGUGUAAGACAAUUGGGGAUAUUUUCAUGUUGAAAGGUGAAAGAAUCCGACCUUCCUACUUAUGGUUUAAUAUGAGCAUUUUAGAGUUACAUCUGCAAAUAACUAGUGACGCACAUUGACGUGUUCUGUAAACUCUCUGAGUCUCAGUAACCACAUUUGUAAAUGAGAGUGAUUCAUCUAGAUGACCCGAAGGUCCCUUUGAGAUCUGAGAGGACAUGAUUAAGUUAGGAGUAGAAUCAUGGGAACAAGCCCUUGGAGACCAUCUUGUCCUGGGCUAGAAUGAGAGUUCCUCUUGCGGCAUCACCCAAGCAGGGCUCCUAGGGGAGUGUACACUUCUGCUCUGGACACAUCGCAGUUGGGUUCAUUCUUCUGCUCUACGCUUUGGAGUCUCCUUAGGUUCAAAAUGCAAAUUUGAAAAUUCGUAUUUUCCUGGAUCCCAUUGAUCAGAUUUUUGUGUGUGUUUCUAGGGUUUUCUUUGCAAUCUCAUUCCUGCCUGCCCUUUUUCUUGGUUCGAGGCUCAGUUUUGAUCAACCCCUUCACCUCUGACCCAUAGCUCCAAUUUCCAAUGUGUAGUUUGAGACUCAUGGAUUCUGGAUUCCUGAAGUUUUCUUCGGUUUUGUUUCUGCAAGUGGAUUUAGGCUUUAGGGAGAAACUAGUCUUAAUUAUCAUUUCAUUUUUCUAUCCUCUAUUUGAUGUUUUUUUCUUCCAUUAGUACAUUAACUAUCUCCUUGCUACUUAUAUUCAUAGAGUCUAAUUUUGAUCUAUCAUUUUUCAUUGCCAAAGAGAACCUCGGUAAAUUUAAAAAAAAAAGGGAGGGACAAAGGGAGGAAAAGAGGUAGAAAGAGAGAGAAAAAAGGAAUAGCAAGCCAACUGCCUGGGAUGUGAACCAGUUCACUCUUAGGAGACUAAGCAAAUCCAUUCAACUUACACGUGAAGUUCCAGUGCAGAAUCUGGCUACUUUCUAUUCUGGCCUUAUGUUAUUUUUUCUAUUCUUUUCCUAUUUGCUGCCUUUGGAAUGGUGGUAAACUCACCAAUCACAGGGGCCCUUUGUGGGGACAGAGUCCCACAGAGCAGUUUCCAGGCUCUCGGCCUCACGUGGAAAGGUGCUCGCUCGCUCGGGUUAUCAGCUGUGACUAGUUGGCCAUCAGCUGUUACCAGUGAGGC